AGCUGAAGCCUUAGGUUUUGGGUUUUUUUUUUACUCUGUACUGUAGCUGAAGUUGGAUUCCUGUAAAGAAUUUUCCAAAGUGCCUUCUCCCUGCAGUUCUUUCUAGAAGCCUUUCCAGUCUUAAUUACCAGACAGUAAAAUGCUGCUUGUUAGAAAAUUGUGCUUAAUGUAAAAGCGCAAUGAUAUAGUGAUAUUAAAAGUGUAUUUAAUUGCUCUUGGCAGUGUUUCUCAAAGAGGACCCUGGCUGUUCAACUGCUAAACAGUAAUACAUAGGCCUGCUCUUCUGAUUUCCACUGACUGCAACCUUUUGUGGAUUUAAAGCUGCUGCUGAUAACAGGUUGAUUUGGACUACAAUCUGAUGAGAUCAUUGUACAGUGGGACAGCCUGAAUCUUAGUGACGUGCUUGUUCAGUAUUAUUCACAUCAAACGGUUUACAACAGAUUUUAGCGUUAGUGAGGCACCUGUCAUUAAUUGGUUAGCUGAUGACUAUCCAACAAGCCAAUGAGAGACUUUGAGACCCUGGUAUCAUGCGUGUGCACAAUAACAGGUUUAAGAUGGAUACAUCAGAAGAACCUCAAAAAAAAGUUUUCAAAGCUCGGAAAACAAUGAAAGCAAGUGAUCGUCAACAAUUAGACGCAGUGCACAAGGCAAAAGAGGAAUUGCUAAAACCAACAGAGUUGAAGCUACUGAAUGGAAAUCAUGAAAAUGGGGAUAUUGAUAUAAUUGCGGAGACAGAUUUUGUGAAUGACAGAAAAGAACUUAAUGGCAUGAUAGAUGUCAAGUCUGAGUCUCAUGAAGUUUCGAUUGUCAAGCUUUCAGACAUCAAGGAAGGUAUAAUGAAGCUUGACCAAACCAAAGACUUAAAACUGAACAUUGAACUUCAUUCUACUGAGAGUCCUGUAUGUCAAGACAAUGAAACCAAUAUGUUGGCAUGUGAAGAUAAGGUACCUGUGGCUUCUGAUAACUGUGCAGAACAACAUGAAGAAAACAGUACCGAUGUGGCACAAGAAGAAACUCCAAGUUUACAGUCAUUAGAUAAGACAACCACUAAUAUUGAAUUAUCCGAAAAAUUAUCUGAAGUCAACAAUUCUGGGGAAGAGGAAAGUCAUAUUGUUUUGGAUGGAAUUCAUGAGUUAGAAGAUGAUAUCCCAGAGGAAGAGGUAAAAGGUGAUGUUAAUGGAAGGGCACUGGCAGAAGAAAAUAUGGACGUAGAGCAUGAGGAGCAAGAGAAAAUUUUACAAAAAGAAGAAGAAGAAGAAAGUAAUGACCUAAAAGAUUCUACAGACGAGCAAGGUGUAGAAUCAGAUGUUGCAGAGGGAACAAAAGAACUGUCAAAGGAAGAACUACAAGAAACUACAGAGAAUGUAAAUCAUCAGGAAAUGAAACCGGAGGGGGAAACUGAGAAUGCAGCCAAUAUUCCUGAGGGCACCAAUGCUCUAGUACAUGGACAACAGGAGGAAGGUGCCAUACAGGAUAUGGAUAUAGGACAAGAAGGGGGUUGUUCAGAAGAGAAUUUAGAAAGUUUAGAAACUCCAAUUGAUGACAGUCAGCCAGCUGAAGAGGCUAUAUCUAGCAGUAUGGAGAUUGACCAGAGUAUGAAAGUUGAAGAGCAAAAAUGUUCAGUUGUCCAAGAAUCUGCUCUAGAAAAAUCUGUUUUAGAAAUACAAACAGGAGCUAGAUUAGAAAGUCCAGACACAAUGGAAACGGAUGAAAUCAUUCCAAUUCUUGAAAAGCUUGCACCAGUGGAAGAUGAGCCUGUGGACUUUGUAAAUACUGAUUUGAACUCUGAAAGUGUUGCAGAUACUGAAGAAGAAAAGACAGGAAAUGAGGAGACCUCCCCAAGCAAACAAGAUAGUAGUGAGACUCUUCCCAGUGAAACAUUCCUUGUUCUUUCUGAUGAGGAAGAGCCUAGUGAUGAACGUUCUUCACCAGCAGUAGAAAAGACAUCAGCCCCUCAAGAUGCUGAUGUUGACAUUGCAGAAGUAUCUGCAGAAAAAAAGGAAGAACAAAAAGAUGAAGAACAAAAAGAGGAAAGUGUGAAGGAACCACAGGCUGAGAAAAGUAAUGUUUCUCCAGGUGAAGUUUCUCCAGGUGAAGUUUCUCGGCGAAAGCGUUCUAAAUCAGAGGACCUCGACAGUGAGAGCUCAAAGCGACGACGUUAUGAAGGGGAAGAAUAUGAGGCUGAAUUACAAGUGAAGAUUACAGCUGGAGAUGAUCUCAACAAGAAAUUACAAAAUGUGAUCCAGAAGAUGCUUGAGGAGAAGUUGAGCACCUUGCAAUGUGUAGUCUUCGAGAAAACCAUAGCUGAUCUUAAGAGCAGAGUGGAGAAAAUAGAAUGCAAAAAACAUGAAAAUAUUUUGUAUGCAAUACAGGCUAAAAUUGCAAGGCUGACAAAACGCUUUGGUGCAGCAAAGGAAGACCUUAAGAAAAGACCAGAGCAAUCUGCAACGGUCCUCCCUGCAUCCCCAGGAAAAGGUGCAAAUGAAGCUUCAACUGGCAAUAAUUCCGUGAACUACAGAAGUGGAAGCACAGUGAGGCAAAUGCUGGAGUCAAAACGAAAUGUUGGAGAGACAGUUACUACUUUUCAGCCCUCAACCACUGGUCAGCCAUCAACUCCAACCACAUCCAGUUUACAGCAUCGUACGCCUAACACUACUACUCAGGUGUCAGUAAGCCACUCCACUGCAAAUACCAGUCUACAGGCAAGGGCACCGCCUGACUGGAAAUUAAUUCAACAAAGACUUAAUGCUUCCAGCAUUGGAACUCCUCAAAACACUAUAAAUAACCAGAAUAAGCCUUCACCACCGGUUACCUCUGCUCCACUAAUGACUUCUGUUAUUCCCGCAACUACGACUACCACUGUUGUAGGGAACAACCAGGUGUCUGGCAGUAACUCCCAGCCAAUGUCUGUAUCCCUUCAGUCUUUGCCAGUUAUUCUUCAUGUCCCAGUCUCAAUGCAAUCUCAGUCUCAGCUCAUGCAAGGCACUACAGGAACCUUGGUUACUAACAAACAGUCUGGGAAUGUAGAAUUCAUCCCAGUACAAAAUCAGUCCUCCAUUAGUAAUCUUACUAAAGCGACUCCGGUGUCCUUGGCCCCAAAUAAAACUGUUAACAGUCUAUCAAUGCCAAGUCCAAGCAUACAGCGGAAUACGCUAGCAAACUCUUUAUCAUCAACUCUGACUGUACAGUCUAUCCCAACAACACAUUCAGCUGCACAGUCAUCCAGACCCUCCUUGCCAUCCACUGCAUCUUCAGGAAUAUACAAUCAAGUUAACAAUCGCAUUACUUCCCAAAUGAAAUCUCCACUCUCUGGAUUUAACAGUUCAAGCGCGGCUGAAGCAACAAGCUCCACUAGAGAAGUGCAAGUCAACAGAACUUCAUCUGCAGAAAGUGUCCAAAGCAAGAGGGUAGCUGAAAGCUCAGCUGUGAGUGGAAAGCCUGGUGGAGUUAUUGACCUCACACUAGAUGAAGAAGAUAUUGAGAUUACCUCUCAAGAUUCCAGGAGGACAAGUACUUCAGGUUUAGCAGUAAAUGUCCAGUCACAAAUGAUAAGUCGACCAUCGCAACCUCCACAACCAAACACUUUGCAGUCACCAUCUACAUCUGCAAGUCUAUCUUCUCAAGCCACCAUACAUGUAUUACCUACAGCUCAGACAACAGUGAACAUAACACAGCGACCAGGGACUCAGACCGCAAGGACUUCAGCACCUCGAACCCCAAACAAUCCGCAGAUGGUUUAUGCUCCCUCUAACCUCACAGCAGCCCCAGUCCAGACACCCAUACGCAAUACUGUUAUGCAAAACCAAAAUCUAAGGCAAAUCACCCCUCAAGCUGGAGGGGUGCCUGUAAGAAUGCAGCAGACAGCGGCAUAUGUGGUAAAUAAUGGAAUGACUAUGGGAUCUGCAGGACCACAACUAACAGUCCACCAUCGGCCUCCUCAGGAAACUGUAAGACCUAUCCACCCAGCUCCACUUCCCGAGGCACCGCCACCACAGAGACUUCCUCCAGAAGCAGCAGGUACUUCCCCUCCUCAAAAACCUCAUCUCAAACUAGCCAGAGUGCAAAGCCAGAAUGGAAUUGUACUUUCUUGGAGUGUAUUGGAAGUGGAUCGCUCUUGUGCCAUUGUGGACAGUUAUCACCUCUAUGCAUAUCAUGAGGACCCAAAUGCAACCUCACCUUCACAGUGGAAGAAGAUAGGGGAAGUAAAGGCUCUGCCUCUUCCUAUGGCUUGUACUCUGACACAGUUUGUGUCUGGGAGCAAGUACUAUUUUGCUGUAAGAGCAAAGGACAUCUAUGGCCGAUAUGGACAAUUUUGUGAUCCACAGUCAACAGAUGUAAUUUCCACACAGAGCAGUUAGAUGCACCGUGAAGUUCUUGCUGUUCCUUACUUUUUGGUUUCCUUGUUUUAAACCUUGUGCAUGAACUUUACUUAGAAACUGAUCGGUUUUCAUUCAGGGAUCAGUGUAUAGCACUUUCCCAGCAUCUUCAAACACAAUCAAUGUCCUGCUAAGACUUUUUGAAACCACUGCAGCAACCUAUUUGCGCCAGUCUCCCGAAAAAUAUGGAUAAAGUGAACGUUUUCUGUUUUUACAAGUUCUUCUGGAGCAAGCGUGCUGUCAUCAGUUGUUCAGAUCAGCAACCAGGCAAUGCAUUUAGAAGGUUAUACAUUUAGUAGUUCAGUAAAAUGGUUAAAGAGAAAUGAAACCGAGAACAGAGAUUUGCGGAGAAAUAAGUUCUGCAAUGUAUUUAGGGAUUUAUAAAAUCUUUUUUUUCCCCCAGCCAAGGUAAAUGUAGCUCUUGGGCAAGACAAGUAUUACAGAGGAACCAGAAUUGUGUGGGUAGUUCAUACACUAAAUCCUCUGUGUAUUCCCCACUGGCUGGGGAAUCUGAACUGGACAAUUAUCUAUGGGGUUAAAAAGAUAUGUGGAAAUACUUGUUCUUUUCUUUUUCGUCUUUUUUCUUUCGUUGUUUUUUUUUGUUGUUUUGUGCCUCAACUUUUUGUGCCUCAACUUUUUUUUUUUUUUUUUUUUUAAAUAUUUUUCACUUUUGGUUAAACUGCCUAUCCUCUAGCCAUGCAUAUUAAUAGAAAUAAAUCUAUCUAUAUCUGCGCCAAAGAGGAGUAAUUUUAAUUAUGGAGAGUUUUUAAUUUCAUUUUUGUACCUAUUGCAUUCUAGACCAAGAUGGAAUAAAACUUUAUUUCAGGAAUCUGCAAACCUGUUCUAUGUGGCAGGUGUUCUCAGUUUCCAGCCUUCCUAUAGUGUGUAUCAGUACUGUGUCAGUGUUUUUUUUUAAAUAAACAGAAAGCUUACUCACACUGGUUUCAGAUAUGGCAGUUCAACCGUUUUGUUUUGUCCCCAAGGGAAACACAGGAAUAGGAUUUGGGAAAAACAUGCAUGUAUUAUUUUAAUUGUGCAAUGUAUUCUUACAAAUUCCGGAAAGGAUAACUAUUUUUGUAUUAGUAUUGUUUUUUUCCAGCUACAAACUCCUGAUGGAAAACCUGGCAUAACAAAAUAGGAGGUUAACAACUCGUUAACUAGAAUAACUCAGAUGAUGUUUGUGCAAUGCAGGGUUCAUUGUAUCUCUGAUAGCAUUUGUGUUCUGAUUCCAUUUUAACUAGUAUAUGUAGUAUUGUGAGUAUUUUACAAUUGCAAUACACAGAUCGGCAGGUUACAGCAAAACAGUGGUCGUAACCAUUCACUCCUAAAUGGUAAACUCUUCCGUGACACACUCACUGCUAAACAGGGUGGAAAGCUCUUCUUCAAGAAAUAUUGUUACUUUGUAUAUAAAUAAUAAAUAUUUUUUACAAAUG